AUGUUUCAGCACAUGAUGUCAUUGGCUUUUAAAAUACCAGAAUUGAUCGGUGCUACUUAUUGCCUUUUGGUGACUAUUAAAAAUGGAGAAAACAUGUUCGUCGACGAUCAAUUAGUGAGGAGUCUCUACUUUAUUCAAGUAGUCGUGCUGCUGUUCUUACCUGCAAUCUACGCUGGCCUCUUGGCAGCAAAGGCUGACAAAUUGAAAAUUACUUUAUAUGAAAAACUAAUAAAAGAAAGAGAUGAGGAACAUGCUCGUUUUUUAGACUGCUUUAUCAGCUACGUAUCAGCCCGACCGCUCAAGAUAAAAAUGAUGAAAGUGGUACCACUGGACUGGACUCUACCCAUCCUUGUGUUGGACCUAAUUAUCUCCUAUCAGAUAGUUAUCGUGCAGUUCACACAUAUCUUCUAA